AUGUCGGGUAAUCCGGACGCGUUCGAAAAUGACCCAGGCUUCCCUUAUUUGGGCAUCACGAGGGAGCAAAAGGCCGCUUCUGCUGCCAGACCGUUCGAUUCCAAGAAGAACUGCUGGAUUCCUGACCCCGAGGAUGGUACGAUUUCGUUUUUUCCUUGUCAAAAUUCGCACAUUCGAACAAAUUAUUCAUAAUUAGAAAUCUCUGGUUUUUGAAGUUUUGCUUUUUAGACAAGCUUCUGUUCAAUUUAGUUGUUGGGAAAUUUUUAAUUACCAAAAAAAUAUUUUUUUGAGUAUUAUGUUAUGCCGUGUUCAAAGUAAUUUCCGCGAAAUGCAAAAUGAUCUCUGACUCUCCAAAAUUUAGUGAUCUUUUUCCUUUCUCUAACGGGUAUUUUUGCAUUUCGCGGAAAUUACUUUGAACACGGCAUUAAAGAAAAUAAAAAAGAUGAAUAGAAAAAGGAUGUUUGCAAGAUUUUGAUCGAUCUUUUGAAAAUGUCAAAUUUAUGCUGAUAUUUUUUAAUCGGUAUCAAGUUUUUUGAAAAAUUAUAAAUAAUGUUUCACAAUAUUCUCUGCAAGAAGGAUCAAGAAACAUCAUUCUCAGCACCGAAAUUUGUUGACGGGUUCUGAUCUUUUGACCUACCAGCUAUUUUUAAGACUCAGAAUGUUCCAAGAGGACUGAAGUGAAAGGACAUAGUUGAGCUUAACAUUGAAAAGCUUAAAGGUGGGAUCGAAAAGAAAGCGCGGUACUUUCCCAGUUGAGGAAAAUUUCUUGUCUGUACUUGCAAAGCCCCACUGCAAAAGUCUUGUUCUUUCUGGUUUUAUUGUGAUCAACCACCAAGGGAACAGUGAGUUCCCCGUCUCUAUUCCUGGCGACGGCGUUCCUCACCUUGGCAGUUGUAACAAAUGCCCUAUCGAUCGGUGCUGCCAGCUCCGGAGAGAGCAGCAGCAACUUUCCGGAGCAAAUGAAAACAAUUGCGAGACACGACGGCCGGUGGAAUAUAAAAAGGCGAGAUGUGGGCCGCGACGGAUUACACUUCGCCUCGCUGAAACGUGUGCAAUCGUAUUGUAAAUGCCUCACGAGCAUAGUAAAGUGCGAGGAUCUUGCCGCCCACUGAAUUGACAACAAAUCAGAGAGCACGGCUUUUCGGUCGCCGAGAGGCGUUUGAGGAAUCGGCCUCGCUUGCUGAUCGCCGAGAGGGAUAUUUAUGAGACAUUCCUUGAUUGACGACCUGAAACUCAGGGACAGGCAAACUGAAUACUAACGUUUGUUAGGCAAUACAGUAAGCAGAGGAAUGAACUUUACAUGUACAAGUGGAAGCAACUCCGAAAUAAAGUGGUUUUAACUAAAAUUUUUUUUGAAUUUGUUAUUGAUUGACAAGAUAAAAACCGAGAAGAUUCAACGCUGGUCCUAAAGCUGAUUUUCGUGAAGAACGGUUCAGUAAUUUUUUUCAUUAAAGUUUAAUCUGAACUUUGAAUCAUAUUUCGAUAUAAGGGGGUCUCAUAGACCCAUAAAAAAAAGUGAGCUGAGUGGUGAAUUUCGUAAAAUCAGAAAAAAAUUCUCAACGGAACUAAAAAAUCAGUUGACCUUCAUUAUAUAACUUUCAAGGUGAAAUCUAAAAAAAUCUUGACUGAAAAGGAAAAAAAAAGUAUAUCGAAAAAGCGCAAAAAAACAGUUUUUUUGAGUGUGAAUAAUGGAUGAAUAAAUUUAUUACCAAAAAAACUCAAAAUAAGGAUUUAAACUAUUAUGUAAUAAUACAUUAUUAAAAAAACGUCACCAAAGGGAAGAAACAAUGUAUAAAAAAAUUGACUUCAGGAUUCGUCGCCGCCGAGAUCCAGUCGACCCAGGGUGACCAAGUCACUGUCAUCACUUCCAAGGGAAACUCGGUAUUUUCGGAAAAAAAGAGAGAAAAAGGCUCAGUUCUAAUCUGUCAGAUCACGCUGAAAAAAGAUGAGUGCCAGGAGAUGAACCCACCAAAGUUCGACAAGACCGAAGACAUGGCCAAUCUGACGUUUUUGAACGAAGCUUCCGUGUUGACCAACCUCAAGGACCGCUACAAGGACAUGAUGAUCUACGUAUCUGGAAAGAGCAUGACACUGCGAAAAAGAAGAUUUUGCAGACGUAUUCGGGUCUUUUCUGCGUGGUGAUCAACCCCUACAAGCGGCUUCCGAUCUACACGGAAAGCGUCAUCAAGCACUACAUGGGCAAGCGAAGGAACGAGAUGCCUCCUCACUUGUUCGCCACCUCCGAUGAGGCCUACCGCAACAUGGUUCAAGGUUUCCUCCAUUUCUGAGACCCAUCUAAGAUUCCUGACUUGCAGACAAGGAGAACCAAUCUAUGCUGAUUACCGGCGAGUCUGGAGCCGGAAAGACGGAGAACACCAAGAAAGUCAUCUCGUACUUCGCCAUUGUCGGUGCCACGCAGUCGGCUGGCAGCAAGGACGGCGGCGGCAAGAAGGGCGGUACUCUCGAAGAACAAAUCGUGCAGACCAAUCCCGUACUUGAGGCUUUCGGUAUCAAUCUGUUCAUUUCAAAAAAGAAAAAAAAACCCUAUUUUAGGUAACGCCAAGACCGUCAGAAACAACAAUUCUUCUCGGUUCGGUAAAUUCAUCCGAACCCACUUCUCCGGCUCUGGAAAGCUGGCUGGAGGAGACAUCGAGCACUGUGAGAAUGUCUGAAGAAAACUAUCAAUUUCACUGAUUCAGACCUGCUCGAAAAAUCUCGCGUCGUUCGUCAAGCCGCAGGAGAACGAUGCUAUCACAUCUUCUACCAGAUCAUGUCUGGAAACGAUCCGUCUCUUCGAGGUUUUUUUUCCUAGGAAAUACUCAUUUCUGGUUUGUAGGAAGACUGAAGCUAACCAACGACAUCAAGUACUAUCACUUCUGCUCGCAGGCCGAGCUCACCAUUGAAGGCAUGGACGACAAGGACGAGAUGCGGCUUACUCAGGUGAAUCCAAGCCAAGUACUCGAUCUGAAGAUGGCUUUUAGGAAGCUUUCGACAUCAUGGGCUUCGAAGACCACGAGGUCAACGACUUGUACCGCGCCGUCGCCGGAAUAAUGCACAUGGGCGAGAUGAAGUUCAAGCAACGGCCGCGUGAAGAACAGGCUGAGGCCGACGGCGAAGACGGUCAGACAAGGAUAACCUUGAAGUCGUGCAACCUAAGGGGAUUCAGACGCCGCCAACGCUGCCUACUGCUUCGGAAUCAAUCACGAAGAGCUUCUGAAGGCUCUGACGAAGCCUCGUGUGCGCGUCGGAACUGAAUGGGUCAACAAAGGUCAGAACCUCGAGCAGGUCAACUGGGCCGUCUCUGGACUGGCCAAGGCCAUCUACGCUCGCAUGUUCAAGUGGCUCAUCAGCAGGUCCCAAACGGAAUCUUGAAACUUUGAAAGUUCGCUUUCAGAUGUAAUAAGACCCUCGAUGCCAAGGAGAUUGAGCGCAAAUUCUUCAUUGGUGUGCUCGAUAUCGCUGGUUUCGAAAUCUUCGACGUUUGGGAUUGGAAAAAAAACUGUAUCAUCCGAGUUAUCACUUUCAGUUCAACUCCUUCGAGCAGCUCUGGAUCAACUUCGUCAACGAACGCCUCCAACAGUUCUUCAACCAUCACAUGUUCGUUCUCGAGCAAGAAGAGUACAAACGCGAAGGCAUCCAAUGGACCUUCAUCGACUUCGGUCUUGACUUACAGGCCUGUAUCGAGCUCAUUGAGAAGGUAGAGUCAAUAAAAAACCAAAAUAAAAAACUUUUUCCAGCCUCUGGGUAUCAUCUCGAUGCUCGACGAAGAAUGUAUCGUCCCCAAGGCGACGGACAUGACCUACGUGCAGAAACUGCUCGACCAGCACCUCGGCAAGCAUCCCAACUUCCAGAAACCUAAGCCUCCGAAGGGAAAACAAGCCGAGGCUCACUUCGCCAUCGUCCACUACGCCGGCACUGUCCGCUACAAUGCCACCAACUUCCUCGAGAAGAACAAGGAUCCUCUCAACGACACGGCUGUCGCCCUUUUGAAGCACGCCAACGACAUGAACCUCAUGCUGGACAUCUGGUCCGACUACCAGACUCAGGAGGAGGCUGCCGAGGCCGCCAAGUCUGGAACCGGCGGCGCCAAGAAGAAGGGAAAGUCUUCGUCGUUCAUGACAGUCUCCAUGCUUUACCGCGAGUCCCUCAACAACCUCAUGAACAUGCUCUACCAGACCCACCCUCAUUUCAUCCGUUGUAUCAUUCCCAACGAGAAGAAGGCUUCUGGAGUCAUCGACUCGGCCCUCGUCCUCAACCAGCUCACCUGCAACGGUGUGCUUGAAGGCAUCCGUAUUUGCCGCAAAGGAUUCCCCAACAGAAUGCUCUACGACGACUUCCGUCAUAGGUUGCGCCUCCUUCCAAGUUCUUGCUUCUUAUAGACACGUUCAGGUAUGCCAUCCUUGCCGCGGACGCCGCCAAGGACCCCGACGUCAAGAAGGCGUCGACCGGCAUCACCGACAAGCUCGUCACCGACGGAAACCUCACCGACGAAGAGUUCAAGAUCGGAAACACCAAGAUCUUCUUCAAGGCUGGAAUCUUGGCUCGUCUGGAAGACUUGCGUGACGAGAUCCUAUCCAAGAUCAUGACCAUGUUCCAAUCUCGAGCCAGGUUUUUUUUUCCAAAAAAAAAAUGAAAUUAAUUUUUUCUUAAUCUUAGAUUCUACUUGGCCCAGGCUGACGUUAAGCGACGCCACGACCAGCAGACUGGUUAGUCGUACAUAACAAACUGAAAAUAAGGAUAAUUUCAGGACUGCUCAUUGUGCAGAGGAACGUCCGUGCCUGGUGCACUCUCCGCACUUGGGAAUGGUUCAAGCUGUUCGGAAAGGUCAAGCCAAUGCUCAAGGCCGGAAAGGAGCAGGAAGCCAUGGGAGAGCUCGCCGAGAAGAUCAAGGGGCUCGAAGAAGCUGUGGCUCGUGGCGAGAUCUGCCGACAGCAGCUCGAGUCUCAGGUAAACGGUAACUAAAGUGUUUCCAAGAAAAUGAGUUGAAGGUGGCUGACUUGGUCGAAGAGAAGAACCAGCUCUUCACUUCUUUGGAAAAGGAGAAGGCCAACCUCGCCGAUGCCGAAGAGAGAAAUGCCAAGCUGACCGCUUUGAAGUCUCAGUUGGAGAGCAAGCUCAACGACAUUGAAAACAAGCUCCAAGAUAUGGAGGAGCGUAACGAAGACCUCCAGCGUCAGAAGAAGAAGGCCGAUCAAGAGAUCGCCGAAGUCAAGAAACACGCUCAGGAGCUCGAGCUCUCCCUGCGCAAGGCUGAGCAAGAGAAACAGGUGGAUUCGAAACGCUUCGGAAGUUCCUGGACUAAAUAAUUUGCAGUCGCGCGACCACAACAUCCGAUCCCUGCAAGAUGAGAUGGCCAACCAGGAUGAGGUCGUCGGAAAACUCAACAAGGAGAAGAAACACCAGGAAGAGGUUACUUUAACGAUUAAUGAAACUACUACGAAAUACUUCAGGUCAACCGCAAGCUCAACGAGGACCUCCAAGCCGAAGAAGACAAGGUCAACCACAUGGAGAAGAUCCGCAGCAAGUUGGAGCAACAGCUUGACGACCUGGAGGACAACAUCGACCGCGAGAAGCGUUCGCGUCAAGACAUUGAAAAGUACAGAGAGUUCAUCUCAGGUUCUCUGAAAAAAAUGAGCUUUCAGGUCGAAGAGAAAGGUCGAAGGCGAGUUGAAGGUCGCCCAGGAGAACAUCGACGAGAUCACCAAGCAAAAGCAGGACAUUGAGAACAAUCUCAAGAAGUUUCAUCCCUUUUUGUGCCUUGCAAACAGUUGAGUUUCCAGGAAGGAGGCUGAUCUGCACCACAUUUCUUCGAAACUCGAAGAAGAGCAGAGCCUUGUCGCCAAGCUCCAGCGCCAGAUCAAGGAACUCCAAGGACGCAUCUCUGAGUUAGAGGAGGAGCUCGAGAACGAGCGCAACAACCGUCAGAAGUCUGACCGCACCCGAUCGGAGCUCCAGCGGGAACUCGAGGAAAUCGGCGAGAGACUCGAGGAACAAGGUGGACUCACUGCCGUCCAACUGGAAGCCAACAAGAAGCGCGAGGCCGAGAUGGCCAAGCUCCGUCGUGACCUCGAGGAGAACAACAUGAACCACGAGACGCAGCUGUCUGCCAUCCGCAAGCGCAACAACGACGCCGUCGCCGAGCUCACCGAGCAACUGGAGACCGUCCAGAAGCUGAAGGCCAAGAGCGACGCUGAACGCGCCAAGCUCCAACGCGACUUCGAAGAGGCCUCGUCCAACAUUGAUAGCGAGGUAUAAUCAGGAGAAUCGUUGAUGAGCUUCCUGUUUUACAGGUCCGAUCCCGCCAGGACGUUGAGAAAGCCCUCAAGACUCUGGAAAUCCAGUACUCCGAGCUGCAGACCAAGGCCGACGAGCAGUCGCGGCAGCUUCAAGACUUCGCCGCCAUCAAGGUGUCACAUUUUCUUGAUUUUAUGAUAGUUGAAAAGUUUUGCAGAACCGUUUGAACAACGAGAACGGAGACUUGAGCCGUCAACUGGAAGAUCUUGAGAACCAAUUGAACAGCUUGCACAGACUCAAGGCGACUCUUGUCAGCCAGCUGGAAGAAUCCAAGAGAAACCUCGACGAGGAGUCGCGGUAAGAGUGUCUUCAGAACACAGAGUCCAUGUGAAUGUUCAGCGAACGUCAAGCCUUGGCCGCUCAGGCCAAGAACCUCGAGCACGAGAACGACAGUCUCCGUGAACAGCUUGAUGAGGAAGGCGAGGGCAAGGUAGUUUUGCAGAUAAUAUUCUUGAAGAUCAGCCGACAAAUAUAAUCAUUUUCCAGAAAAAGAUAGCUAAAAAAAAUAGUGGAAAAUAAUUAUGGAGUUAGAUUAUAAAUUGUUUCAAAAUAACCUUUUGCCAAGUCUUUGAAAUCAAUUUUUGUAAAUUUCAGAGUAAAAACUUGAAUUGAAAUUAAGAUCAAUUAUUUUUCAAUUGGCAAAACUUUUUUUUAAGGCUGAACUGACUCGCCAGAUCAGCAAGCUCAACGCUGAGAUUCAGCAAUGGAAGGCCAAGUUUGAGUCCGAAGGACUUUCCAAGCUUGAUGAGAUCGAGGAGGCCAAGUAGGACCGAUUAUUCUCAUCCAGAAGACAGAAGUUUGUUUCAGGCGCAAGCUGCAGGCCAAGGUCCAAGAGCUGACGGACGCUAACGAGACGGCGUUCACCAAGAUCGGCUCCCUGGAGAAGACGCGCCACAAGCUGAUGCAGGACCUCGACGACGCCCAAGUCGACGUCGAACGCGCCUCGGCCUAUGCUGCGGCCCUCGAAAAGAAGCAAAAGGGCUUCGACCGCAUCAUCGACGAGUGGCGCAAGAAGAGCGACGACCUCGCCGCCGAGCUCGACGCCGCCCAACGGGACAACCGCAACCUGUCCACCGACCUCUUCAAGGCCAAGACUGUCCAGGAUGAACUCGUCGAGCAUCUAGAGAGCACUCGCCGUGAGAACAAGCAACUCGCCCAGGAAGUCAAGGACCUCACCGACCAGCUUGGCGAAGGCGGACGGUUUGCUCUUUAUGAGCGUUUCAAGUGAUCUGAAAGUCUUUUAGUUCUGUCCACGAGCUGCAGAAGAUUGUUCGCAGACUCGAGAACGAGAAGGAAGAGCUCCAGAAGGCUUUGGAUGAGGCUGAAGCUGCUUUGGAAGCUGAAGAGAGCAAGGUGACCUUUUUGAACAGAAAAAUAGAUCGAGGAAAUGAAGAAAUGUAUUCGCCUUGGACUAGGUUUUGUAUCACAAAUUUAAUGUCUUUGACAAGUUUUUCGCAACUUUUUUUGUGUAAUUGAGAAAAAACUUUUUUUAUUUUCGUAGUUUGGCUAAAAAUGAAUUUUCUUAUUCUUCAAUCAUUGGGAAAAAUUUUGAAAAAAAAAUCAAAGAAGCUGAAAGCAUCGGAGAGAUCGUCCUCUGAAAGUUUCUAUUUUGAAGGAUGUUGUUUUCUUUUUGAAAAAAAUCAAAGUUUCUUAAAGCUGAAUUUGCUUUGAAAACUCAGUAUAAGGAAAAGGUAUUCUUUCUCUGGAGGAAAAAGGAUGAAAACUCAAAGAUACAAACGAUUUUCUCAUUUGAAAAGCUUUCAGGUCCUCCGUGCUCAGAUCGAAGUCUCCCAGAUCAGAUCGGAGAUCGAGAAGAGAAUCCAAGAGAAGGAAGAAGAGUUCGAAAACACGCGCAAGAACCACCAACGUGCCCUCGAAAGCAUGCAGGCGACGCUCGAAGCCGAGACCAAGCACAAGGAAGAAGCUCUGCGCAUCAAGAAGAAGCUCGAGAGCGACAUCAACGUCAGUUCUGCACAGAAAAGACAGGGACAGCUGGAGUUUUCAGGACUUGGAAAUCGCCUUGGACCACGCCAACCGCGCCAACGCUGAUGCUCAGAAGACCAUCAAGAAGUACAUGGAGACUGUCCGUGAACUCCAACUCCAGAUUGAAGACGAACAACGUCAGAAGGACGAGCUCAGGUUUGUUGGCUAACUGACAUCAAAUUUAUUCUCAACUUGAAGUUUAAAAUUUGCAAUAAAUUUGUCUGAAAAGGUUUUUUUUAAGAAGUUCAGACCAGAAAUCGAUUUAGCGCAACUAAGUAAUUUUUAAGCUUGUUUUCUAAAUUAAAUUCUUUAUCAUAUGAAGAAAGGAAUAUUUUAGGGAACAAUUCCAAAACUCGGAGAAGCGCAACGCGAUCCUGCAGUCGGAGAAGGACGAACUGGCCCACCAGGCAGAGGCCGCCGAACGCGCCCGACGCAACGCCGAGGCCGACUGCAUCGAGCUCCGCGAGCAGAACAACGACCUCAACAACCAGCUCAACGCCGUCACCAGCGUCAAGAGGAAGCUCGAGGGAGAGCUUCAGGCCAUGCACGCCGACCUCGACGAAGCCCUCGCUGAACUCAAGAACGCCGACGAAUUGGGCAAGAAGGUUGGUCUUGAAGCUAUUCUGGCGAAAUGAAAAAAGUAGUAAAACUUUCACCAAGUUACUAAAUUUCGGAAGAUCAUUUACCAGAGAAAAAAAUUUUUUUCAAGUUGCAUAAGCUUCUUCAAAAAAUGUUGCUUUUUAGAGCUUUCAGAAUUUUUGUAUUUUCCACAUUUUUCUGCGUUUUUUUUUUCUCAAAUAUUUGAAAACCCCUCUUGACUAAACUUGUGUGUAAAGAAAACUGGGAUGAUUCAGGCUGCUGCUGACGCCGCCCGAUUGGCCGAGGAACUCCGACAAGAACAGGAGCACAGCAUGCACGUUGAGCGUAUCCGAAAGGGACUCGAGAUCCAGAUCAAGGAAAUGCAGGUACCUCGAAAGGUAUUGGGCACCUGUAAGAAGGAGUUUGAAGAUCCGACUUGACGAAGCUGAAGCGGCGGCCCUGAAAGGAGGCAAGAAGAUCAUUGCCCAGUUGGAGUCCCGCAUCAGAAGCAUCGAGUCUGAACUCGAUGGAGAACAGAGGUUCUUGAGCUCAAAUCUUCUUAUUUAUUCCUUUUCUUCUUUCAGACGCCAUCAGGAGACGGACAAGAACUGGCGCAAGGCCGAACGACGCAUCAAGGAGGUCGAAUUCCAGCUGGAGGAAGACAAGAAGAACCAGGAACGCCUCACCGAACUCAUCGACAAACUUCAGACCAAGCUCAAGGUCUUCAAGCGACAAGUCGAGGAAGCGGUGAGAAUCCUUGCCAUAUUUUUCAGCAUCUCCUCUGACUUCAGGAAGAAGUCGCCGCCACGAAUCUAGGAAAAUACAAGCAACUCCAAGCACAACUCGAUGACGCCGAGGAACGUGCCGACAUUGCCGAAAAUGGUCCUUUUCGAGAUUUUCAUCAGAAAUAACUUGCGAAUUCAGCUCUUUCCAAGAUGCGCAACAAGAUCCGAGCGUCUGCGUCAGUCGUGCCCAACGGCGUCGGAAUGGGCGACCUCGUCCAUUCGGCUUCUUCGGCCAUCAUCCGAAGUUCCUCAAACGCCCGCUUCCUCUGA